AUGACCUAUUCUCCAUUAUCACCAUCAUUAUCAUCAUCAUCAUCAUCAUCUUCUCUAUCCCUGAUGAUUAUAUGUUCAAUACUUUUAUCAUUCUGUUUAUUAAAUACAUUGGCUUCAUCCUGUCCGUGUGCAUUAGUAUUACACGAACAAGAUGGUCAACAAACGCCUCUCCCAUCUUCGAACACGGCAACAACUACUGAUAAUAGUGAAGAUGAUAGUAUUGCGGUUGAAAAUACCGGUUCAAAUGAGCAACAAAAUCGUUUAGCAUCAUUAUUUGGCGAAGAUUAUCCAUCUGAUCAACAAUCAUUAGAACAACAUCAAGAUGUUUCCUAUUAUCCAUUUAUACGUUCAACAAAAAGUAUAGCAGCAUUAUUAAACGCACGUAAACGUUUUAAACGACCAUCAUGGGCUACAGUAGGAAAACGAAGUUCAAUUGUUAUUGCCAAACGUCCAUCUUGGGCUCAACUUUUUGAUGGUAUAUUAUUAACAUUACCAAAACAAACAUCGAGUGGUGAAGGUAGAUCACCAUCUCAAAUUAUUGAUGAAUUAGCGGCUGAUAUUUUACAAAAAUUACCAGCUGAUUUUGAUACAGAAGCGGUAUCGAAAAAAUAUCCGGUAUUGUACAAUGAAUCCAUGAACACUGUUUUGAGACAAGAAAUAAUUCGUUAUAAUCGUUUAACAUCAGAAGUUCGAAAAACAUUAAUUGAUUUACGUAAAGCCAUUAAAGGUCUUGUGUUGAUGAGUGCACAAUUAGAAGAAGUGUUCAAUAGCAUGCUUAUUGGCAAAGUACCAAAUGCCUGGGCAUCGAAAUCGUAUCCAUCAUUAAAACCACUCGGAAGUUAUUUAACAGAUUUAAUUGCAAGAUUAAAAUUUCUUCAAACAUGGAUUAAAAAUGGAGCACCCCAUGUUUUCUGGAUAUCUGGUUUUUAUUUUACUCAAUCAUUUUUAACUGGAGUAUUACAAAAUUUUGCAAGAAAAUAUACUAUACCUAUUGAUAAACUUGGUUUUGAGUUUGAUGUUUUAAAUGAUGAUGCUAAUACAGAACACAAACCUGAAGAUGGUGCAUUCAUUCAGGGUCUAUAUUUGGAGGGUGCACGAUGGAAUAGAACUACUCGUGUACUUGAUGAGCCAUUGCCAAAAGUUUUAUUUGAUGUUUUACCUACAAUGUGGUUAAAACCAGGCAAUAUCGAAAAUUUUCAAGUUGUACAAACGUAUUCUUGUCCUGUUUAUAAGACAAGUGCUCGUCGGGGUGUUUUAUCAACAACUGGUCAUAGUACCAAUUUUGUUGUUCUCAUUGAACUUCCAUCCAAUAAAUCGCAGCGUCAUUGGAUUAAUCGUGGUGUUGCUGCUCUAUGUCAACUCGAUGAUUAA